UGCGGGUAGUAUUAGUGCAGCAAAUGGUGAUGAAGAUUACGCGUCAAAGUGCAGAAGUUUUAAAGUUGCUGCAACUACUGUUUUCCCGACCGAUAAAAAAAACUCUAGUACAUACUUUACAAAACCCCACAUCAGAAAUCGGCGCGCCUUAGAUGAGAAAUAGUUGAGUGGGAUAACGGCUUUUGCUGCUAAGGAAAACAAGAAACGACGAAGUUCAGAAAGAGCACUGGCUGCUGGAUUCCAAAGCACAAAUAUUGUAAAGCAUUUAAGGGGGAACAAAUUAAUAAAGCAACGAAAAUCGACAAAGGCAAGUACUGCCAGUUACUUGCAAGAAUCAGCAAGGUAGUAAACGGAAUUCCCCGUACACACUUAAAUAAACAUUAAGCCGCCCUAAGUAAAUAAGUAAAUAAGACAGCAAUACAAAGCACAAGGAUCACUGAUUUAUUAGGAGCAGAAAAUAUACACAAAGUAUAAUGACAGAGUACAAAUUGGUUGUCGUGGGUGCCGGAGGUGUUGGUAAAUCUGCACUCACUAUCCAAUUAAUACAAAAUCAUUUCGUAGACGAAUACGACCCUACGAUCGAAGAUUCCUACAGGAAGCAAGUAGUUAUCGAUGGCGAAACGUGUCUAUUGGAUAUUUUGGACACAGCUGGCCAAGAAGAAUACUCGGCUAUGCGUGACCAAUAUAUGCGUACUGGUGAGGGCUUCCUGCUCGUAUUUGCCGUGAACAGUGCAAAAUCCUUUGAAGAUAUUGGCACAUACCGAGAGCAAAUAAAGCGAGUGAAAGACGCCGAGGAGGUACCAAUGGUGCUGGUGGGCAACAAGUGUGAUCUGCAAGCCUGGGCGGUGAAUAUGGGCCAAGCUAGAGAGGUUGCUAAACAAUACGGCAUUCCAUUUGUUGAGACUUCUGCCAAGACAAGAAUGGGUGUAGAUGACGCAUUUUAUACAUUGGUGCGUGAGAUUCGCAAAGACAAGGAGCAUAGAGGGAAAAAGGGUCGCAAACAUCACAAGCUGCCCCAUCAUAAAUUUAAAUGCGACUUACUUUAAAUGAUCCUGUAGGAACGCAAAAAGAGAUUGAAUAACCUACACAUUCGGACAACCGGACUAUUACAACAAACCAAACGGCACAACGAAAAAAAAAACCAUACAGACAUUCAAUCAGUGAGAUAGCCUGUGAUGAGGAGGCUGUAAUAGGAAGCCAAUAAAUAAAAACAGUGGUUAUUCCGAGAACUGGAAAUUAAUCAACACAUAAAGUACAUAUUUUUUCAACUAUAAACCAGCAUAACACAUAAUAUACGUACACGCAUAAAAAACGCAAACUUUACGUACACAGACGAACUAUUAUGCGCACAGAAACAUAAAAAGGAAAACAUAGAAACUGUGUAUAAAAGUGAAAGAAAGUUUAACAAAUUCAAGUAUAAUCAAUUAAAGAAAGAAACCUUUGCCAGGCAUAAAACAAGUAAAAUGGGAAACAUUUACUAAUUUUGAUAAAAAAGAAAUCAAUUUAUUGAUCAUAACACGUACGAUUUUAUUAAGAAAUUGUGUUAAGUGCUGUCCGGCUAAAGGAAAUGAAUGCAAAAAGAAAGUUAUAAGAUAUCGAAAGUAAAAAAGAAAAAAUAUUAAGUAUUUAUGUGUACUAUCUUUUCACUAUGGUACUGCGCACGUUGCUUUUUAAUACGUUUUCAUUUACUCAUUUAAAAUUGUCACCAAUGGCUUAAAAAUAAUUUUUAAUUUUACCUAGUAUGAUCAAUUGUUUAUUCUAUUUACUAUUUUUAUUGCGGACUAUUUGUGAUUUCUAUAUGUUGUGUGCACGUAUAGAUUGCUAUAGGAUAUUAAAAAAAUGGUAAUUACGCCUAUAACUAUGCAAUGUCAUGUACUAAAUAUUGUGCCGCUUUAUGUAUUGAGUAAUUGUAUAUUUUUUAAGAAUUUUUUCGGUAAUGUGGACGAAACUUUGUCGCUGCAGUGAUAUUUGCCUCAAACGAUUAAUCAAAACAAAACAAAAAAACCUCCCAUCAUUUAGUAUCUGAUUAUAGUUAUAAAACUUAAAAUCAUGGUCGUGCAAGUUAUCGCGUUUCAAUUGUAUUUAAUAUAGUAAAUCAAUUUUUUAUAUGAAAAAUGUCACUUGCCCCACAUUCAAUAUUUUUUAUGUGUCGUUUGUGUAUACGUGCCUGCUUUUUAUCUAUUGUUCGUUGACACAUAGAUAAAACAUAUGGUUAAUUAUGAAAUAAAUUCGUUUAAGUACAUAUAUUAUAAAGUAAAUAACUAAAACAAAAUAAAAGGGUAUGAAGAUAAGUGGACCAACUGUAACGCACAAAAGGCAAACACUAUGUAACUUUGUUCUCAACAUAUUUUGUGUUUGAAAUUGAAUUUUAAAGGCGGUUUUCUACUUUUUGGUGCUGAAGUGAAAAUUAGUGUGCAUUUUUUAUAAUCAUAAAAAAUUACUCAUAUUUACUUUUAAUCAAUAUUUUCAUGGGAACAUGAAUUUUUAUCAAUGAAUAAGUAAUUACGGCAGAAGAGGGUGUAAAGUUGCCAUAAGCGAUUACCCACUCAAUGUGUGUUCUAAACUUUUUAUAUAGUUGCAGUUUCCAUGUCUAAGAAGUAAUGUAUUUGAGUUUCACUGCAUAUUAUAUUUUUUAUAAUUUAUUCAUAUGUAGGCGCACAUGUGCUUAUGUACAUUUUUCCAUAUAUAUCAAAUUAUCCACAUAAGUUAAAAAAAUUAAACGGUUGGUUUUGCCAUGUGCAUGAAAACAGUUCAAUUAAAUAAUUUAAUAGUAUAAACAUUUUUCCGAAUUUUGUCAGUCAAAGAAACAAUAGUCGAUAAAUCAUACUUUAUUUGAUUAAUUUAAAUGUUGUAUUAUAAAAGGAGCUAAAAUCGCCGAUUCUUAUGAGAUUGUAACUACGUAGCUCUUUAAAAAAAAUGAAGAAUGCGAACUUCGCUAAUUCUAUAACUCUAAGCUAAAUUAAUAAAGCGAUUUGAUUUUGCCAGCAAUGAGUAUUCAAUUAGAAUUCUUUAGCGCAUAUUCAUAUUGGAAAAAGUCGGUUUUAAAAAUAGUUUCGUGCCUUGACAGAUUCGUUCUAUGGAAAUCAGUCAUAAAGCGUAUUUAUAUUCACCGUCUAUUUGCUUUGACUAUUCAUAUUGUGUAUUUAGUUCCAAUAAAUCCAUUUUGUUGGACAUCAGAGAGUAAUGUUUGGUUCAUUUAACCAAAUACAUACAUACAUAUUUGGCUUAAUAUUAUUAUCAUUUCUAAUAUACGUAUUUGUUUACAAAUCGCAAGUCUGAAACUAAUCCAGAUAUGUAUUUCACUUCGAGUAUAAUAAAUGUAAUGUUGAAGUAAAACAAAACU